AUGCAACACGACUUCUCUCACAGCGAUAGUCUGACUGUUGCAUGUGAUCCUCACUGUGAUCGAAAAGGGAACCCAGCAGCAUGUGAUAAACUAUACACUGAUGAUGUGCAGAUCACACGAGCAGGAAAUAUACGACAGGGUACCGGUACAUGUACUGCUGUUGACGUGUGUAGUGGCUGUAACGAUGGCUUCUAUGGAGGAGAUAAAUACUGUUACAUGUGUGGAAAGAUUGAUAACUGCUUGCAUAGAAGGUGUACUGAUAACAACCAAAAUCUGCUUUGUGUCUGGUGUGAUGGAGAGAUAGCAGAACGUCCAUACUGGAAAGCAUAUACUGGAGAGGUAGAUAGCAGAAAAUCUUGUCAAAAGUCCUGUUCCUGGAGAACAGAUAGUACCAGGUGUUACCCAGGGACAUGUGUAGAUGGAUUAGCUGCUCAUUGCCAGUGUGCAGACAAUUUCUCUGGUACACAUUGUGAAAAUAAUGGACAUCCAAUUGUCUGGAGCAACUUUAUCAUGUUUAGUUUGGUUGAGGCUGUAAUGUCAGCUAAAUAUUUACAGCCAAAUGUUGGACUUGAUGGAGACCAUUAUGUCAGGGAUUUUAAAGUUGGUUUAGUAGAGAUGAAGACAUCAUUGGCUUUAUAUAGAGGGGGUUCAUUAAUCGACACUAGGAAACAGUUUUGUCAACCACUGAGUAAAUAUGAUCCAAUUGAUAAACUGAUGUUUAUAUACACUGUAUCUGCAACAAAUGGAGGGUUUGUUAAGGUACAAGAUCGUGAUGCACAUUUCAACAGAAAUGUAGAUGUCAUAAACCAAUACUUUUAUCAAGGACAGACAACCACUAGAGAUUUUGAGUACCAUUGGGACCUAGAACUACCAUAUCACUGCUCUGUGGCGUCGGGAACAGCUUGUCCUCCCUUUGUUUCUGUACAGUCAGAUAUAACAAAUAAUCCAGUUAUAACAUUUUGCUGGGGCGGAUGGUCUGAUAAAAUGUCAGGGAUAUCACAUUUCCAAUAUCAGCUGUUUGACUUGGUUCACAAUGGAGCUGGGUUGAUGGAUGGUGCUAGUAGUAAAGGGAGUGGUACUUUACCUAAUGGUACAACUUCUGCUACAGUUACACUCACAGAACCAGGAGUGUAUACCAUCCAUCUUUCAGCUUUUGAUAAAGCAGGGAAUUCCAAAACUGGUCGAGGAAUUUUUUUCUUUGAUGAUGAAUCAGUUGUUUCGUUAUAUGGUGAUGAUAUGAAAUGUAUUGUUGAUUUCCAAAUAGCUUAUGAAGUUCAUGACCCUACAUUAAAAAAGUCUCAGAUGUUUACAUCCCUUCCUGCUAAUCAGUUGAAGGACCAGUCAGUCAGUCUAUCAGUAGACUGGGGGGAUGGGGAUAGGUUAAAUGUAACAGUUCAAGCUUUUGAUGUCCUUAGAGAAUCCAAUAUGGAAUCUUUGUUGGUGUACAGAGAUGUCAGUCCUCCAAUUAUAGAAAAUUUAUGGUUGACCAAAGGUGACUGGGUUAAUAUAAGUGUUCAUAGUGUUGAAGAUUUUUCUGAAAUGACGAUGGAGUGGAACGCAUAUGAUGAUCACAGUGGAUUAGAUACUGUUUACUGGAAAUUGUAUGAUAACUAUGGGACUUUUGUAGAACACGGCCAUGAAGAUAUCGCAGCACAAGGACAUACUGAUGACCUACAAGAAUGUCAAACCAAAUAUUUAAGUAAUCCAAGAGGACCUAACUGUUAUUGUACACCCUUUAUGGGAUGUUUUCAUCGCCACUUCCAAGUGAAACCAGAAAUCAAAGUAUAUGGUGGAUUGACAGCCGGUCAUUACAGAGGAAAACAUGACUCAGAUUACUACAUUGAGAUUGCAGUGAAAAAUAAAGCUCUUGUGCAAACAGUCUUAACAAAAAAGAUAACUAUUGAUACAAGUCCGCCUCAUCCAGGUGUGGUCCAUGAUGGAUUAGCUGGAAACCCAGAAAUAGACUACCAACAAGGAAUGGACCUUAAUGCCUACUGGGACCAGUUCUUUGACAAAGAGAGUGGGGUGUUUUUCUACCAGUAUUUAGUUGAUACAAGCUGUGCUGAUAAAAGUGCAUUCAGUCUUGAUAUAAAUAAUACAAAUAUUGUGGAGACAUACAACACCUUUGGUAGCCACACAGUCAGUGGAGAUGGAACCUAUUAUUUCACUGUUGUGGCCUAUAACAGGGCCCUAGACCCUUCAGAACCAGUGUGUUCAGACGGUGUAACUAUAGACAGUUCUGUUCCAGGAGUUAAGGAGGUGGUUGUUAAAGAUGCAGUGAUUACUGGUGGAUUAGUGACAGAUGUCAAUCAGACUAGUUACUAUAUCCUCGGAUCAGAUCGUAUCCGGAGAUUGAUCCCAAAUCCCACUGUUGACUGUGUGAGUAAAGCUACAACCUUGAGUGACAUUGACCUUUACCCUCUACAGAGAUUUGCUAAAAAUGGCAGCUUGAUAGAAGUAGAUGGCAAUAUAUUUUGCAGUAAUUCAUCAAGUGCAUCCAGCCGUAUUGGUCUAAGUUUGCGUAAAGCUUCAUUGAUGGAGAUGUCAUGGGAACCAUUAGAUAUACCAGCCAAAAUAUUUGAUUAUGAAGUUGGAUUCUCUUUGACAGAAGGAAGUUCGGCGCCUGAUAUCAUGGCGUUUGAGUCGACAAAACAACAUGCACAUGUCAGGGUGACCCAUGCCAAUAUACCGGAUGCCACUGAGAUCUACAUCAUUAUAAAAACUAUCAGUAAAUCUAAUGUAGAAGGACUAACUACACUGGGACCAUGUUUUAUGGAUACAACUCCACCAGAUUUUACUGGUUCUAUAUCUGUAUCCCUGUCUGGAGAAUAUCUGGUAGCCUCCUGGACAUCAAAUGCUUUUUCAGAUAGUGAAGAAUUGUUUGAUAUGGAUUACCAGUUUGCUUUAGGUCACACACCAUAUGGAACAGAGAUACAAAGCUUUAAACCUGUACAGGGCAGUACAACAUGUGUGUUGACCUUAUCCCCAACUUGUACAGCUGUUAAUAUAACGGAUCUUGAAUGGAAUAUUCAUGGACAUCAUACAUACUAUAUAUCCAUUAAAGUGACCAAUUCAGCUGGACUGGUCAAUAUUCAGACAUCCACUCCAUACAUUCAUGAUGUCAUGUUACCUGCAGAGGGAGUUAUCCUUGAUAUUGACACUGAGGACACGGAAGAUACAGAUUUCCAGAAAGUCACAAGCAGUAUGGCUGCCCGUUGGUCAGGAUUUGCACAUCCUCAUUUAGAUGUUACCUAUAGUUUAAGUAUUGGUACUACAAUGGGAGGAAGUAAUGUUGUGUCUAUGAAGGCUGUGGGUACCAGUCUAGCUCAUCAGGAAACAGGAUUAUCUCUGACACCUUAUCAGACAUAUUAUUUUACUGUGACUGCUGAAAGUUCUGCAGGUAACACAGCUGUAUCUUCUGAUGGUAUUACCAUAGUAACAGAAGGUGAUAUUCUGCCCGGAGUUGUAAUCAGUGAUGGAGACCCCUGUAAUAUGACGGAUCUAUUUGUGGACCAUCAUGAAGAGGACAACAGAAUAAACUGUGAAGAGGAACCUGAUUUCCAGUUGUCACUGAAUUCACUCAAGGCAUACUGGGCAGUACCAAACAAUAUAAAACCUUAUACAACGGAUGCCUUUAUUGCUGUGGAACAAAGAUCAACUGUUGGAAUUUUUGACAUCAGCAUAGAUGAUUUGGUACUCAGUCCAGGUAUGAAGUAUCGUAUAGCACUGACAUUGUGUGCCAGGACGUUCUGUUUCUCUCCAGUCAGUACAAAUGGUGUCAUGGUAAUGGCUAAUCCUCCGGUUACAGGGGACAUAACUGUGGAACAUCUAAACACCACAGUAACUGGUGGGGUUGAGAAGUUGAUAGUAUCUUUUGAUAAGUUUUAUGAUCCUGAUAUUGAAAACAUAACAGAGAAAUACAGCGCCAUCUGGAAAUAUGAAUAUGCAGUGACAGACAACUCUGACAAAGGGAAGACAUAUAUCACAUGGACUAACUUAAACACAUUUUCAACAAAUGGAAAUAGGAUCAAUUUUGAAAUGGUAUUAACAGGAGAGAUGGACUUCUCUCGUUGUAAAAGGUUUUCUAUCAGAGGAUACGACCAAGUUAGACUAAACUCCAUUGUAUCAACAGAUAUCAAAAAUUGUCAAGCAUUUAAUCCAAUCCUUAUCAACCCGAACAUUGUGAUAGAUGCUGUGGGAGCUCCCAGUGCAAAUGAUGGAGUAGGCAUUCCAAUUUAUUUGGAAGAGAAUGAUAGAUGGAAGCUAACAGACGAGGAUUAUACACCAUACAAAAAUCUUAUCUCAGCAGUGUGGCCCACUCUCCGUCACGGAGAGAAUGUCAAUUACAAAUAUGCCAUUAUAGAUGCCAGGAAUGUUGAUGUUACAACGUACUACAAACAAGUUGGUCAGCUGAAAUUGGUAGAUCCAUGUAUCCCUGACGCUAUCAGAUGUGGGGAAACUCAGUUUGUUAAUAUCAUCAAUAAUUUCAUUAUAGAUAGAGAAUUUAUGAAUGAAGAGUUCACACACAACGAACUGGUCCAUGGUACAAGAUACACAGUGUGUAUACAUGCUGAUCAGACUGCUUUAGUGAAUGAAGAAUGGAUACAACAAUUACCAGCUGUCAGUGCAUGUAGUGAUGGAAUAAUCGUAGAUUUAACUCCUCCUACCGCUGGAAGAUUGUGGAUUGGUCAUAAUCUAAAUACAGUCUAUCAGACAUCUGACUCAGACAUGUAUGUAAACUGGGACAAUUUCCAAGAUGUGGAAGAAUUUAACAAUGGACCACACCCAUCUGGAAUUAAAGAAUACGUACUAGGAAUUGGUUCAUCUAGUGGGGGUAAUGAUGUAGUUGCUUUUGAGAAUGUUGGAAUGCUACAACAUAAAUCCUUACAUCAACUGAAUUUGCAGAAUGGUUACAAGUAUUAUGCUACUCUGAAAGCUAUUGAUUUUGCUAACAGAGAAACAGAGGUUGUUUCUGAGCCAGUCAUCAUAGAUACAACUCCACCUGUAACUAGUAAUAAACCGAUAAUUAUAACCAACAGGCAUAUUACAUCCACAACAGAAAUAGAUCCAUGUUGGAAGGAUGUUUUCCUUGACCUAGAGUCUGGUAUAGAUUUUUACCUGUGGUCAGUUGGUUCAGAGUCUGGAUAUACAGAUAUGAUGUCCUAUUUGAAAGUUGUUGAUGAAGAAUGUGGAAUGACAGAUAAAAAUAAUCCUUUGGAUCUCCAGGAUGGCCAUUUUUAUUAUAUUAACGUCAGGGCAUUUAACAAGGCAGGAUUAUCAACAUUAGCUACAUCCUGGGCUUUCCAAGUGGACACAACGCCACCUACAGCUGGUCAUGUGUAUGAUGGAGAUAAAAGUCAGCUGACUGGAAGUGUUAAGGACAUUGACUACCAGACAGAGACCAAAGUGCUACAUGCCUGUUGGGAAGGUUUCCAUGAGUCUCACUCCACCAUUAAAGAUUACUUUGUUUCUAUAGGAACCUGUCCACAAUGUGAAGAUAUUUUACAGGAACAGGCUGUAGGAAUUACUUAUGAAUUUACAUUAGAGAAUAUCCACCUUGGUACAGGGCUGAGAUAUUAUACCACAGUGACGGCAUGUAACACGGCAGAAAUGUGUACCACCGUGACAUCAGACGGUGUGAUUAUAGACAACAGUGCCCCUGUAGCUGGAAUAGUUCAGGAUGGAACUGGUUUCCUCGACACAGAAUACCAGUCUAUGUCGACCUAUAUAUCAGCUAAGUGGUAUGGGUUCGAUGAUCCUCAGUCUGGUCUCGUGAAGUAUGUAUGGAUGGCAGGAACCAUUAAAGGAGGCACUGAUAUUAUACCAGAAACAAAACUUCAUCUGACGGAGACUGCUGCUAUAUAUAAUAUAUCUCUUGGACUACCGUUAAACCAGAGAAUCUUUGUUACUGUCAGAGCUUACAAUAAAGUUGGUUUAUGGUCGGAAUCCACAUCCAAUGGUUUUCUAGUCGACACAUCAGCUCCUGUUAUUAAAACAACACCUACAUUCUCUGCUGACUUUGGAAUUAAAGGAUUGACACAGAUUUAUAGAACAUCUAUGAAGGUUGAAUGGGCUGUUGAUGAUGACGAGUCGUUUAUAAAAAGACAGUAUCUCUCUAUCAAAUCUCAUAUUGGAGGAGAAUUCAUGUUGUCUUCUCUAUCAGUCAAUGGUAUAGCCAGGUCCUAUGUUUUUUCUGGACUAGAUUUACAUGAUGGAGUCACCUAUUAUGUGACGUUAAUUUCCUGUAACAGUGCUGAGAUUUGUAUAACUUCUACAUCUCAGGGCAUGUUUGUAGACAGUACCCCACCGUCUAGAGGUAUGUUUGCCAUUACAACUGAUCAUGCUGCCGAUCUUGAACUCCUGAGACAUGCUGAAGGAUGGAUGAUCUGGUCACAGAGAGCUAUAAAUCUGGCCUGGUUAGGCUUCAGUGACCUACAUUCUGAUAUAGACUAUUAUAAAGUUUCUGUUGGGUCUACUUAUAUGGGCCAGGAUUUAAAUGAGGAUACAGAUGCCAAAUAUUACCAUACAAAAACCAAUACAGAUCAUGGUAAUGAAGGAAAAGUUCAACUGUUUAAAGUGGAAACCAAAACUUUGACCAACUAUGAUACACUGUAUAUAUCUGUGUGGGCUGUCAACGGGGUAGGGAUGAGAAGUAAACUUAUCCACUCAGCUUUUACAAAAGUACCCGGAGGACCUUUAGACCUAAUCAGAAGAUGUGAUGCCAUGUCAUGCGAUGGACAUUGUGUAUGUGCUCCGCAAGAUCAAAAAUGUCCUUUAAAUCCAAACUUGAUAAGUUGUAAUGAUGUGUCGGACAAUAAUAACAACAAUCUUCUACUGGUUAAAGAUAGUAAUAGCUAUUCUAGUAGUGAUCAAGCUGUAACAGCAUCUGAUAACAUAUUACGUGGAAUGUGGCUUGUGUCCCAAGUACAAGGCAUGAAACCUUUAUGGUAUGAAUGGAGUGUUGGUUACACUUUGUUUGAUUUCCCAUCUGGUAUAUAUGAUCCUGUGGAAGAAAAGGUUUGGCAAGAUGGCGGUCAGCUUAAGGACUGUGUUUUUUCUACUAAACCUGGUGAUAAAUUGGAGAAUACUUUGACUUACUCUGUGUUUGUGAGAAUAUGGUACUCAGCAGAUAAGUAUGCUGUUUUUAAAUCGAAUGGAAUAGUUGUAAUGGGACAAGCUCCUGUGUUAGCUUCUGUUAGAGGAAAAGCUGUUAUAGAAAAAAUAAGAGGAACUACUGUCAAGGACACAGACUUCAUGCAGAUAGGCAGACCUAUAACCUUUGACUGGAACAGUAAAUUCCUGGAGUAUGAUAAAACUAUAGAGAAAUACAGUAUUUAUCUAAGUACUUUCCCAGGAGGACACGAUAUCCUUAGAGUAGCACAUGACAUUCCCGGAACAGACCAACAGUUUAACAUGACGGGUCUACAACUAACACCUGGUGUAGUCCAUUACACAAACGUUAUAGCCUAUAAUUAUGCUGGAGCCCACACAACAGCAACAUCAGAUGGUUUUGUUGUUGACUAUACACUACCUAAGUCAGGAAUUGUUUAUGAUGGACUAGGAAGUACAGAUUUAGAGUAUAUGAAUUCCUCUGAUUCUGUGUCUGCACACUGGCAUGGAUUUACAGAUACAGAAUCUGGUUUAGCAACAAACUAUUGGUGCUUUGGAACAAGAACAUAUGUAAACAACAGGAAACGAGACAAGACAGAAUGUAGUGUACUGGGGUGGACAAAUGCUGGUUUACAUGUUUCUGCUUCUAGUAAUAUGUCUACUGAAAUACCCCAAGGAACAAGAUUAUAUGCAAAAGUCUAUUCUGUUGAUAACGCUGGGCUGAAGUCGGACAUUGUUGUAUCAGAUGGUGCCGUCAUUGACAAAACUCCUCCCGUUCCUGAAAAGUUCAUUCAUGUUAUUGAAAAUCUUGGCAACAAUACAUCAUUUGAAAACACAAGUGGAGAUGUUAUUAUGUUUGAAAAUGUUACUUCUAUUGAUAUUUGUAUGGUUUCUACUAGUUACCACCCAUUGUCAUGGAUACCAUCACCUUUUACGUGUAUGGCUGUGGUAUCUUCUGAUGUUAAUUUAGCCAAAGAUGGACGAUAUUUUUUGUUCAUUAGAGGAAAUGUGCACCAAGAAUUACCACAAGUUAUUGCUGGACAGCUUUACAGAGUUUCCUUCUUCAGUAGUCAUUUGUCAAUAACAGACUCAGUGGCUGCCAAUAAAGAAGGAUUUAUACAAUUUGGUGAUGGAGAAAGACUGGUGUUUUUAAUUUACACUAAAAGUUAUCGUAAAGAUGGACAUGGAAUUAGUUCAGACCGUGAGGAAAUUUCCUGGCAUACACACCAUUUCUAUUUCAGACCGACAGAGAAUGCUGUGAAUAUCACAAUAGGAAGUAUGGACAUGACUACAGGGAUAUUUGUAGAUGACCUUUCUGUACAGAAAGUGAACUUAACAACAGGUGCUACAAGUGGCCAUGUGCUUGGUCAUGUUGUUUAUUUGCAUAAAUGGAGUUCUAUCCAUGGGUCCUGGAGUUUCUCUGAUCCAGAUUCUCCUAUCAUUGAUUACACAUGGGCUAUAGGUUAUGCAGAGGGAGGUACACAGAUCCAACCAUUUAGAAGUGCUGGACUGAUGAACUUUGGCUAUAACAACAAUGUAACCCUGGUACAUAACACCUUUAUUUAUGUGACAGCUAUAGCCACUAAUGCUGCAGGAUUGAGGGGCAUAUCAUAUUCUGAUCCCAUACUGGUAGAUCUGACACCACCUGAUAUUAAAUAUAUUAAUGAUGGUAGAGGUAUGUUAAGUGCUGACGAGGAUUCCUGGACGUUUAAUCAAGUUGUUGCAAACUGGGAAGUAGAUGACUUGGAAUCUAGUAUUAAGUUCUGUAAAUGGGCAAUUGGUUACGCACCAGGUAAAACAGACUUGCUUGUUUACACUGAAAUAUCAGCUUCACCAGCCUCGAUGGAAUUUGAUUACAAUUUUUUAGAAGGGUAUACCAUCUACACCACCCUCAGCUGUGAGAACAAUGCCGGUCUUACUUACUCUUUAUCUACUGAUGGUGUUCAAAUCUCAAACACACCACCAUCCAUAUCCACAGUAGAAAUGGAAGUUCUUUCCCUGUCAUAUACAGAGUACAACCCUCGAGACUGGUACCUAGGUCUGACAGAUACAUUGAGAAUAAAAUGGUCUGGAUUUACAGAUAGCAUUGGUGUGGAAACAUACAAGGUAAAUUAUCCUGGACAGAAGUCAGAGUCUAUGUUUUUCCCAGCAAAACAGGAAGUAUUAUACACUCACUUCACAAAGAUGUCACUAAUAGAUGAUAAACACGAUGUGUCUUCACAAGCUAUGAAUAAACUUUUCCUUAGAUCAUUGUUUGUUACCACUUAUGUAACUGUUCAGACUGCAGUUCCCCUAGUAGAUAAUUCAAAGAGCCUUUAUUUUUCUUACCUUAACAAUGAAGUAGUUGUGUCGUGGGGAAACAUAUUCACCUCUGACCAUUCACUUUAUUAUGAGAUAUCGGCUGGAUCAUUCCAGAGUGGUGCCAACAUUAUACAGUGGCAGUUUACAAACCAGUCGAGUAUCACAUUUGGUAUACCAGCAACAGUUAAGGCAGAGACUGGUACAGCUAUCUAUGUUAAUGUUAGGGCCAUUUCUGUAGGAGGAUACUAUGCACAGAAAGCAGGAAGUUUUAAACUGCCAUAA